AUGAAGAUCCUAGCUUGGAAUGCCCGUGGGCUUGGGAACCCACGGGACAUUCGGCACCUCUGCGAUUUAUUGAAGAAGGAAGCUCCCGAUGUUGUGUUUCUUGAAGAAACACGACUUAGUGCUCGAGUUGUAGAAUCUUGUAAGUUCAAAUUUGGUUUUCAGAAUUGUUUAGCAGUUUCAACUAAUGGUAGGAAAGGGGGUAUUGCACUUUAUUGGGGAAGGGAUGUUGCUCUAUCAAUUAUUAAUUACUCUUUCAUUCAUUUUGAUGUUGUUGUUAGUGAUGAUUCGGUUGUUGGGGGGCAUUGGUUUUUAACAGCAAUCUAUGGACUUCCUGAAACUCAUUUAUGUAGUAGGACUUGGUCUCUACUUAGGAGCCUUAGACGGUCUAAUGGUGAUGCAUGGUUAGUUUUGGGAGACCUAAAUGAAACAAUGUUCCAUCAUGAGAAGCAGGGGGGAAAUCCGAAACCGGAUAGUCAAAUUGCAGCUUUUCGAGAUGUUGUUGAGGAGUGUGAACUACGUGACUUGGGGUUUAGUGGUUACAAAUUUACGUGGUCUAAUCGAAGAGAAGGUCAUGCCUAUGUUAAUGAACAACUGGACAGAUUUCUAGCCAAUUCAUCUUGGUGGAAUUUCUAUCCGCAAGCAAAGGUUAUUCAUGGCCUUGUUGCAUACUCUGAUCAUUUACCCAUAUGGAUAGAGCUGGAGGGUGAUACUGGCAUUCCUGUUAAGAAGAAAAAACUCUUUCGGUUUGAGGAGAUGUGGAUUGGUAAUAGUCAAUGUGAAGCCAUUAUUAAAGACCAAUGGAGGAUGGGUCAUGCUCACUCUAGCAUGAAGGAAGUAGAGGGGAUGAUUAGGGAGAGUGGAGUGAAGCUACAGUUAUGGAAUAGCAAUUGUUUUGGGCAUGUACAGAAGAAGCUUCAAAAAAGCAAAUCUCCGCUUGAAACAUGUUUAUGA